AUUAUACACAAGCAUUUUUUGUCCAAAAUAUAUAUAAAAUUGUUAAGAGAAACAGCAAGAAGUGCACGUGAAGCUUUUGUCUACAAACUUCGAGGACCUCAGUGUCAUUGCAAACCACCCAUUGUUUCACUGUCAGUAGUAGCUUAUGCCAAAAUCCUUGAUUAAAAAAAAAAGCAUAGAACAACAGAGAGAGGGGAAGGAAGAGAGCCAAAUAAUGGGUUUAGCAACUAGAAGAGAGUAGAAGAAGAAUCAUUGAGAAACAAACACACACAAAACUUUGCAAAUGAAGAUUCAAGGAUGCGAAGUUGAAGCCAUUGGCAUCAACUACAAAAUCCACACAAACAAAGCAGAACACCCUUUUAAAAUCUUCAGCAAAUCACCUCAACAAUUAGAUACCAAAGAAACAGAAGAAGAAGAAGAAGAGGAAGCAAGAGGUGAAAAAAGUUGCAGUGGAGUUAGACAUGUGUUAAAGAAUGUGAGUUGUCAAGCAAAACCAUGGGAAAUUCUAGCAAUUGUUGGACCAAGUGGAGCUGGAAAAUCAACACUGCUUGAGAUCUUAGCAGGUAAGCACAGUCCACAAAAAGGGUCAGUGUUGUUGAACCAAAAGCCAGUGGACAAAGCUCAGUUCAGAAAGCUAUCAGGUUAUGUUGCUCAAAAGGACACUUUGUUUCCUUUACUUACAGUUGAAGAAACCAUGAUGUUCAGUGCAAGGCUAAGGCUAAAGCUACCUCAACAACAACUAUGUUCAAGGGUCAAGUUACUGGUUCAUGAACUUGGACUGGACCAUGUUUCCGGGACUCGAAUCGGCGACGAUAGAGUCCGAGGUAUAUCCGGUGGUGAAAGGCGAAGAGUUUCUAUUGGUGUUGAAGUUAUACAUGAUCCUAAAGUGUUGAUUCUUGAUGAACCAACUUCAGGGCUUGAUAGUACCUCAGCUUUGCAAAUAAUUGAUAUGCUUAAGGUUAUGGCUGAAACUAGAGGAAGAACUAUAAUACUUAGUAUACAUCAACCUGGUUUCAGAAUAGUGAAGCUGUUCAAUUCAUUGUUGUUGUUAGCUAAUGGUUCUGUUUUACACCAUGGAACUUCAGAUUUACUUAGUUUAAAUCUGAGAUUAAUGGGUCUAGAGCUUCCACUUCAUGUUAAUUUAGUUGAAUUUGCUAUUGAUUCCAUUGAUACCAUUCAACAACAACAGCAAUGUCAGGUGGAAGUGCAACAGAAGAAAGGUGGUGAUGAACAACAACAACAAUAUCAACAACAAGGUGAGAGUAAAAGUGGUAAGUUCACUUUGCAACAGCUAUUUCAACAAUCUAAAGUAAUUGAUGAAGAUAUCAUCAAUAGUAAUGGGAUGGAUUUCGAUUUCUCUUGUGAUUUUGCUAAUUCUAGAUUGAGAGAAACUAUGAUUCUAACUCAUAGAUUCUCCAAGAACAUAUUCCGUACAAAAGAGCUGUUUGCAUGUAGGACAAUUCAGAUGCUGAUUUCAGGACUAGUUUUGGGGUCAAUCUUUUGUAACCUCAAAGAUGAUCUAAAAGGAACACAAGAAAGGGUUGGUCUAUUUGCUUUUAUAUUAACUUUUCUGUUAUCAAGCAGCAUAGAAGCUCUACCAAUUUUUCUACAAGAGAGGGAGAUUCUCAUGAAGGAAACAUCAUGUGGAAGCUACCGUGUUUCGUCUUAUGUUAUAGCUAAUGGAUUAGUUUACUUGCCAUUUCUUCUAAUCCUAGCCAUUUUGUUCACAGUGCCAUUAUACUGGCUUGUUGGUCUUAACAGAAACUUCACUGCUUUUCUCCAUUUUCUGUUGCUGAUAUGGCUUGUUCUUUAUACAGCAAAUUCAGUUGUGGUGUGUUUCAGUGCUCUUGUGCCUAAUUUCAUUGUUGGGAAUUCAGUGAUUGCUGGUGUUAUAGGUUCUUUUUUCUUGUUCUCUGGUUACUUCAUAUCAAACCAUGAAAUUCCUAGUUAUUGGAUUUUCAUGCAUUAUAUAUCACUUUUUAAGUAUCCCUUUGAAGGGUUUCUGAUCAAUGAGUUCUCCAACUCGGGGAAGUGCUUGGAGUACAUGUUUGGUGUGUGUGUGAUGAAGGGUGAGGAUGUGCUUAAAGAAGAAGGGUAUGGUGGAGAGAGUAGUAGAUGGAAGAAUGUUGGUGUCACUGUUUGCUUCAUCAUCGUUUACAGAUUCAUUUCUUAUGUUAUUCUUAGAUACAGAUGCUCACAGAGGGGUCACCAGUGAUGUUUGUGAAUUGUUACUCUCUCCCUCUCUCUCUCUCUCUGGGGUUCACAUGUCUUGGAUUUUACUUGUGACAGCAACCAAAGAAGAUAAUAUCAACCCAAAGAAAGUGUAAAAAAUUACAGAGUCGGCCGGUGUCAACAAAUUGUACUAACAUUAUAUUAUGUUGGAUUUUUUGUUUUUAUAUGAUUAAUUAAUUCACACCAUUGUCUUUUUCUUGUUAAUCAAGAUUCCUUUCAGUUCA